GAAACACUUGGUACUCACAAAUGAAGCUGUAUGACAACUGUGUCUGGCUCAUCAAUCAAAUGUAGCCUGGGCUACAAUCAUUCCCCCAAACACAACAACAACAACUAAGAUUACCAAAGUAUCAAAUGCGUAUUUUGCCAAGACUGAUCACACACUGCACAUUUUCUGAUCUAGCGAUCGAAGCUACACGCUAACAAGGAGAGCGAGACGACUGAAGUCAAACCGAUUAGACACCGAUUGCACAAAUAUCCGUGACUUGUCUCGGUCCCACUCGAGGUUUGACCAAACAAAUCACGUUACCGCUUUACAAUCAGAAAUAAUCCUCAACGUGCGGUUUUUCAAAGGGGAAGAAGGCAUAUUUUCCAGCAUUUUCCAGGUAAUAAAUAAUCACUGGACCUGCUGUGAAAUCAUUCGUAUCUGCUUGAGGGUAAUUUUCAGGUUCAACUGAUGCACCUCGUUGAUUCUGAUCAGCUGACAGCGCUGUCAUUAAAUAAUGUCUGAUUUCAAUCUUUAAUCCUUGAUGUUUUUACACUUUAUUAUUACAGUCUGAACACACAUGUGCCGUCCUCUUUCUUUACCUUUUUUCACUCUGGUUAUCUCGUUUUUUAACGUCCCAUUGCAAUGACUUGUGGGUAAUUUCCUUGUGCUAAGUCAGCAUCCAAGGUAAGGUGAACGAACGAAUCAUUCUUCCAAUCUUUUUUUUGGAGAGGACUCGUUACACUCGAGUCCGUGUGAGGAUUCGUUAAAAAUGAACGAAUCGUUCACGAACGACACAUCACUAAAUCUCUGCAUGUUGGUCCAAUGGAACCAUUGGAGAACUAAUAACAGCCCAACAACAACAACAGGUAUAUUUUGAUAGCGUUUGAUUCAUUGAUGUCAGGAUCUAAUGAUAAUUCUCUAAUGAAAAUGAGCUCUUUUACUAUGAUGUUUAGAGAAUGGACCUUGGUAUUCAUGUCUAACCCUUGUUCUGUGUAUUUUCUAAUCCUCCAUGCUCCAGUUGACCACACUGGUGCUCGAAUAGAGGAGUUCAUCUAUGACAAGCUGGACAAGAAGCUUCCCUCCAGGACGACCAACACAGAGCUGCUGGGCCAGUACAUGUUGGAAGCCGCCAAUGAAUUUGGUCCGGGGACACCAUACGGCAGCACCCUGAUCACGGUGGGAGAGUACCAGAAGAGACUCGGUGGAGCCGAGCGCGACCUCCUCCAAGCCUCAGCCGUCGGCUUCCUCACUCCUCUACGCAACUUCCUGGAAGGAGACUGGCGGACGAUAUCGAAAGAGAGGCGUCUUCUGGAGAAUCGGCGGCUGGAUCUCGACAUCUGCAAAGCACGUCUGAAGAAAGCCAAACUGGCAGAAGCCAAAGCAGCGGCUGCACCCGAUUUUCAGGAGACGAGACCUCGAAAUUAUGUUCUCUCUGCCAGCGCUUCAGCGCUGCUGAGUGAGGAAGCCGACAAAGCCGAGCACGAGCUGCGUGUCGCCCAGGCAGAGUUUGACCGACAAGCGGAGGUGACCAAGCUGCUGCUGGAGGGCAUCGGAAGCACACAUCUCAACCACCUGCGCUGCCUGCAGGAUUUUGCCGAGGCUCAGGCCACCUACUACGCCCAGUGUCAUCACCACAUGCAGGACCUUCAGAGGGAGCUCAGCAGAUGUGCUAAUUCCAUCAGCACCCCCCACUCUGCCCCUGUUGUGUGCCCCGACCCCGUCUCCUCUGCCUUCCUGUCUGGACCACCGUCUCCGGGGGCCUCCGUGUCCUCUCUGUCCAGCCAAAGGCCGCUGGCUAUGGAGCAGACGCAGCUGCCCGUCACCGGCACCAGGAAGGCCAAGGUCCUGUACGACUACGAGGGCCACGACGGGACCGAGCUGUCGCUCUUGGCCGAUGAGCUCAUUACUGUACACACCGUACCAGGAAUGGAUCCUGAUUGGUUGAUUGGAGAACGGGGGAACCAAAAGGGAAAAGUCCCCGUCACCUACCUCGAACUGCUGAGCUGAUGGACCAAACAAGAGGACACACACACACACACACACACACACACACACCUGUGUGCAUUCAGUUCAGUAACAUUUUAAUCUUAAACACUCAUGGUAUCUGUUUUAUGAAUGCAGGUGACUCGUGGGAGGAAAUGCAUCUGUAUGGGUCAUUAUGAACUUCUCCCUCCUAUUUUAGUAACGUAUGUUCGGUCCACAGUUCCAGCAACACUCGCUCAUUUUGUUAUCAGAGCACUGGAUAUUUUUGUGUUAAAACUGAAAUCCUUCUGAAUCUUUCAAUUGUGUUUUACCAAGAGGUAUUCAAAGACAUGCAUAAUCCAUUAAAGCAUCGUUCUGCUUCACAACAUUA